GGGAGGGAGGGAGGGAGGAGAGAGAGAGAGAGGUAGACGCGAGAGAGGGAGGAGAGAGAGCGAGAGACAUUUGAAGCGCAGAUAGAAGUGCGUAAAACUGCUGUGGAGCGCGUAAGGAACAACAACACUCGUGAUUGUAUGCUGCGUUUUCUUUUGCGGAUUUUUCCGCCUGUGGAGGUUUUUUAUUAGAGGGUGAGAGAGAGAGAGAGGACACGCUUGUGUGGAUCUUUUUUUCCUGAAUGGGCCGCACCGGGAAGGGAAGCUGCUCCUUGUCCGGGGGAAGCUGUCUGACUGGCGGCGUGGAAAUGCUCAGCUCAGACGCAGAGUGAACGAGACGCCUCGAAAUAAGUAAAGCGAUUGUUUCCCCGAGUUUUUUCUUCUUGUUAUUCGUCUAAAUAAAAGAUGGAGGUGAACAGCUUCCAGCCUCACCCUGGACUUCAGCAAACUCUGAAGCAGUUCCAUCUGAGCUCCAUGCGCUCCCUCAGCGGACCAGCGGCGUUCUCCGCCCGCUGGCCCCACCAGGAGUCCCUGUUCAAGGACGCUAAAGCCGAGAUGAUGCUCAGCCUGCCGGCCCACACUCCACCGGUAAUGUCCGGACCGCUCUUCAUCCCGUCGGACCGCUCCACGGAGCGGUGCGAGACGCUCCUGGAGCGCGAACCCAUCUCUUGCUUCGUGGUGGGCGGCGAGAAGCGCCUGUGCCUGCCGCAGAUUCUCAACAGCGUGCUGCGGGACUUUUCCCUGCAGCAGAUCAACUCGGUGUGCGACGAUUUGCACAUUUAUUGCUCGCGUUGCACGGCCGACCAGCUGGAGAUCCUCAAGGUGGUGGGCAUCCUGCCCUUCUCGGCGCCCUCCUGCGGCCUCAUCACGCAGACGGACGCCGAGCGCUUGUGCAACGCGCUCAUCUACGGAGGCUCGUACCCGCCGCGCCGCGGGGAAGGAGGCAAGGAGCGAGGCGGUGGCGGAGGUGUCAACGGCGUCGGGGGCGGCAACGGCGUCCACUUGGAGCUGGAGUGCACCGAGGGCAGCUUUCGGGUUUACCAUGAGUGCUUUGGCCGGUGCAAGGGCUUGUUUGUGCCGGAGCUCUACUCUGGCCCCGGAGCCGCCUGCGUGCAGUGCCUGGAUUGCAGGCUGAUGUUUCCGCCGCGAAAGUUCGUGGUGCACAGCCACAAGCGACUGGAGAACCGGACCGUGCACUGGGGCUUCGACUCGGCCAACUGGAGGGCCUACGUGCUCCUGGACCCGGACUACAGCGGCAAAGAGGAGAAGGCAAGCCUGGAGCGUCUGCUCAGAGACUUGAAGGGGAAAUAUGACGUGAGCGGCAAGUUGGCCAGGAAGUCGUGCAGAUCGCCGAGUCCCGUCACAUCCAAGCGGCCCAAACUGGAAAAAUUGCCAUCAGCUGACGGUGAACGUAAAGCCGAGUGGCUGCAGUCAUUGUCCAAGUCCAGACACAAGGACCACAAACAAGUCCAGCUCAAGCAGAGACCUUCGGCGUUUCGGCCUUGGUCUCCAAAAGGGUCGGAUCGGGAGAAACCAGGAACUCAGAGGUCCACUUUAAAGAAUCAGGAGGCUUUGGCACAAACUCCUUCAACCCCUCUGGUGCAUCCCGGGGACUGCCGUGGUCCUGGAAGAGCGAGCCCAAACAUCCAAGAAGUGCAGAAUGGCCAAGCAGCGCCACAACCCAACGACAUGGACACGGACGGAGAGAUUGAUGUGGAUGACUGUGACAAUCGUCCACUGCCGGCAUCCUCCCUAGCUUCACCCCCCUCAGCCUGCAGCAACGCCUCUCAAAGUCAGACCCCCCAGACUCGAGGGACCACUCCACCUCAUGAAGCGCCAACCUGGCUGUGUGGGCCCGUCUCCCCCGAGAUGGACGCUCUGAGACAGACGCUUUAUGCUGGCGUGGACACAAAAGAGGCUCGAGAGAAAUUCCUGCAGGAGGUGGUCAAGAUGAGGCUAAAGCAAGAAGAAAAGCUGGCGGCCGCCGUACAGGCUAAACGCAACCUUCAGCAGGAGUUGGAGUUUGUGAAGGUGGCCAAGAAAGGCCGCCUCCGCGAGGCCGUGGAAGCCAAGAGGAACCUGCGGAAGGAGAUUGAGCGCCUCCGUGUGGACUGGGAGAGGAAGACCAGGGAGGCGGAGGAGGUGUGCGGCCGGCUCAAGAGGGAACUUGAACACGAGCGGCAGCAACGAGGCUGCGACAAAGGAUGCGAGGGAGAGCGACUCCGUGUCAAGUACUCCGCACAGAUCGACACACUGCAUUCUCAGCUCCAGCAAGCCGAGGCGGACCGCGAGCAGCUGCGACAGGAGCUGCAGCAGGAACGGGAGGCGCGGCAGAGCCUGGAGAACGCCGUCCGAGACCUGCAGUCCCAGUUGGCAGCGCAGAAAACGACGCCACACGGCACUCGGUCCUAAAGUGGAGCCAAAAAAAAAAAAGACAUUCAGAAAAAAAUGAGAGUGAAUACUUUUACGGUGUAUGUCGAAUCAUAGGAUGGUGGGUUUUUAGUAAAUGAAAACUGGAUGAGGAAGCAUGAUGUUCACGACUCAUCGGUGACUAUUUUUGCUAUAAGCUAAUUGGAGAGAGGCCACAUCUCACUUACUUGAAUAUGAAGGGAAUGGUCACACCAUCAGCAAUGGUGCCACAAAAGUAUUGGUACACUCCAAGGUGCAGACCACUGGACCCAAGAGACACCUGUUUACCACUAUUCACUUUUAUGACCUUGCUAGCUUUUUAUAUAUAUAUAUAUAUAUAUAUAUAUAUAUAUAUAUAUAUAUAUAUAUAUAUAUAUAUAUAUAUAUAUAUAUAUAUAUAUAUAUAUAUAUACAGUAAAGGAUUUACUGUUAAAGAUAUAUUGCUUGUUUAUUCCAUAGUCGAGAAAAGCAUACCACAUACCAUUUAAAACUGAAGUAUUGGACGCUUAAUAUCUUCAUGUACAUUUUUAUUUUUCAAAAUAUGCUCACCCUUCAGCUAUUAACGUUCUCCUAAAAGGCACGCAAAAACUGAGAAAUAUCAUUAUUUUUGUUGCUUUUGUUGGAAUGCGGUACCUCUGUUUUUUUUGUAUGUAGUACUGAAAUGACCUUUAUAUGGUUCAUUUGAAAGCAUUUGUUUUUAGGGCUCUUAAAAUAACAAAUGGCGUUUAUAUGGACAGCAUUUCUACAUAUAUAAAAUGCAAAAGGAGCAUAUAUAUUUUUUUACUUUAGGGGGAAAAAAGGAAUUGCACUUUUUAGACAACUUUGCAUGUUAUGAAAUUAAAAAAAAAAAAAUGAUCCAGACAAGUUCAACUAAAACACUCAUUCCCUCAGUACGCUCUGAUGUAAAUACAACAAUAUUGUAAAUAAGAUUUUGUUGCCUGCUCCUGGAUUUUCUUAUGUUUUGCUCUUACUUGAAACCAAAAAAGAGACUAUAUUUGGAUUUUCAAAGCAGCAUAGUAUGACACAAACAGGGCAUUUAACAGACUUUUGGAUGCAAACCCAUGACAAUAAUUUCCCUUUGAUUGUUUAUUUGAGACAAAUAGAGUAUAUAAAAGAUAUAUAUUGAUGCCACUGACCAAAAAAACUGAAAACACAAUUGAAAUGUCUGUAUACCUACCGCUCAGUUUUCGAAUGGAAAGCAGGCCUUCUUUUGGUGUUCUCGCCUAGUUUAGACAGAAAACGUGUAAAUCUGACCAACUUCAGCAUCAUCAUGUUACCCUGGCUCAAUAUUUGUUGGCUACAGUGUCAUAUAGCACUCGCAGUUUACUGACUCUUGCAGUUUUCUUACUCUAGCUCUUGUAGUUUUGGUUUGGAUGUAGGCUUUCACUUGUUUUCUUCUUUUUUUCCGUUUUGGAAAAUGUGUAUAAUACCAAUUAAAAAUCUAAGUCGA